AUGGCGAACGGAUGGAGUAUUAUCAUCGGCCUGGUGGUUGUCGCCGGCAUGUGUGUGGCCGCCUGGAUCUUUUCGCCCAAGGGUGAGAACCAAGUACUAUGGCGAUCAUCUCUCAUCCUCGCUUUCAUCAGCUGUUAUCUCAUGUGGGCUAUCACAUUCCUGGCGCAACUACAUCCCCUCAUCGAACCGAGACGCUCCGAUUUGCGCAAAGAGUACAUUCACCACUGA